AUGGCUCGGACCAGGGACUCGCGCUCACCAUCGCCUGCAGGAAGCCAUCACAGCUCGAGACGUCGCAAAGAGGAUGAUCGACGCGAAAGCCACCGCCGCGAUGACGGGCGCGACUACCGCCGUCGCGACCGCACCCGGAGCCCUGCCGACGUGAGAACACACCGCGGCCACCGCGAUGAGGACUUUUCUGACAGGACCCACGAGCAGCGCCGAUACCGCGACCGCGACAGUGACCGCCGCCCACGCGACGACCGCGAUGCCUACCGCCGCAGAGACCGCUCCGUAGAUCGAGACGACGGCCGACGUCGACAGCGGCGGUCGCGCGAGAGGUACCCCGACCGCGAGCGCGAGCGCGAUCGCUCCGCCGACAGACGAAGAUACAGGGAUGGCGACAGGGACAGGGACUAUCGCCCACGCCGCGACGACUCGCGGGACCGCAACCGCGGGCGUCGGGAGGGUACCGUCGAGUCGCAGCCUCGCAACAGACGUGACGGCAGCCGCCCACGAGGUGCCGCUGGCCCUUCCUCUGCCGGUGCAGCCGGCCGUGAGACUGCGAAGCCCAAGCCUGUCGCUGCUGCGCCCGCGCAGUCGGAAGCCGACAAGAAGGCCGAGCGCCUGGCGCGCCUCGAGGCGUGGAAGAAGAGCAGAGAGACCAAGAAGGAGACUGAGGUUAAUCCGAGUCAGACUAGGAACCUCCUCGCCGAGAUGGACCAAAAGUCGGUCGCCUCUCCAACCGUUGCGUCCCCCGCCGUCGCGUCGCCCUCGGCGGCCUCGCCCACGUCGCAAACCAUGUCCGGGCCGGCGUCGCCUGCCCCCUAUGCUGGCAAGUUUGAUCCAAAAGCCAUCGCCAAGAAGUCAGCGGCGUCGUCUCACAAACACGGUACUGCUAACGGCGUCCUGGGCGCCUUUGACGCCCAAGUCAGCAAGACGGCAGCUCCAGUGAAGCAGGACUCCAAAGCAUUCGCACUCCCGGCAAACCGCGGUAAUAUUAGCACGUUCGGGUUUAGCAAAUCCAGCAAUGAGAAACCCCAGGCCAAGCGAAAGCUCGUCCUCGAUGAGGAAGAUGACACCAAGAGAAAGCUGACCAAACUGCCUGCUCUCCCGCUCGAAGCCGACGAUACCCCCUACGCUGACCAAGACGAGGGUGACGAUGGCGAUUCGGACGGCGACAUCUUCGCCGAGAACGAGGAAGAGGCCGCAGCAGCGGCCAGAGCGGCGCACGAGAGGCGUGAGCGAGAGAUGAAGGUCGAUACAGACGAGGCACCAGAAACGAACGGCACCACGGAGGAAAAAGCUGACGGCGAUGAGAUGGAAGUUGACGCUACCGGCACUGAGCCUUCCGCACCAGUCGUUGAGGAGGUGCAGCCGGAGCCGGUGCGUGAGGAGCCUCAAGAAGUCAUGAAGGUUGACGAAGAAGAAGAAGAAGACGAUGACGCCGAUCCGCUCGACGCUUUCAUGGCAGACCUGCAAGAGACAGGAUCGAGGCCGGCGCCCAGGGCAAAGACCAAGACCGCUCCUGAACCAGAAGCUUACUACAGCGAUGACGACUUUGCGUACAGGGACGAGGAUCCCAACGCGAAGAACCCUCUGGCCGUCAAGCGCAGGAAGAAGGAGAUCCCUAUCGUCGACUACAGCAAGAUUGAGUUUGAGCCGGUUCGCAAGAACUUCUGGACUGAACCCGCAGAACUGAGCGCCCUCACAGAAGCGGAGACUAACGAUCUGCGCCUCGAGCUAGACGGUAUCAAGGUGUCUGGAAACGACGUUCCCAAGCCUGUCCAGAAAUGGGCGCAAUGCGGCUUGACACGGCAGACUCUGGACAUCUUGGCCGAUCUGGGCUAUGAACGACCCACGUCUAUCCAGAUGCAGGCCUUGCCAUGUCUCAUGUCGGGACGGGACGUCAUUGGCGUCGCGAAGACGGGUUCCGGAAAGACCAUGGCUUUCCUGCUCCCCAUGUUCCGGCACAUCAAGGAUCAGAAGCCCAUCAGGGGUGACGAUGGUCCCAUCGGGCUCAUCAUGACGCCGACGCGCGAGUUGGCAGUGCAAAUCCACCGCGACUGCAAACCGUUCCUCAAACCCAUGGGCAUGCGUGCCGUUUGCGCCUACGGCGGCGCGCCCAUCAAGGACCAAAUUGCUGACCUCAAGCGCGGUGCGGAAAUUGUCGUCUGCACGCCGGGACGCAUGAUCGACCUGCUUGGUGCGAACCAGGGGCGAGUGACCAAUUUGCGCCGUGUGUCCUAUGUCGUCCUCGACGAAGCGGAUCGAAUGUUUGACAUGGGUUUCGAACCUCAGGUCAUGAAGAUUUUUGCCAACAUGCGCCCCGAUCGCCAGACCAUCUUGUUCUCCGCGACAAUGCCAAGGAUCAUCGAUUCUCUGACCAAAAAGGUCCUCAAGUCGCCGGUGGAGGUCACGGUUGGCGGUCGCAGUGUCGUUGCCCCUGAGAUUACGCAAAAGGUCGAAGUGCUCGAUGAGGGCGACAAGUUCUUCCAUCUGCUUGGUCUUCUCGGCGAACUUUACGAGGAAGACGAGGACGCUAGGAGUCUCAUCUUUGUUGAACGCCAAGAAAAGGCAGAUGACCUGCUCAAGGAGCUCAUGACCAAGGGCUACCCGUGCAUGUCUAUCCACGGCGGCAAGGACCAAGUGGACCGAGACUCGACCAUUUCCGACUUCAAGAAGGGCAUUGUCCCCAUUCUCAUCGCGACGUCUGUCGCCGCAAGAGGUCUGGACGUGAAGCAGCUGAAGCUGGUCGUCAACUACGAUGCCCCCAAUCAUCUCGAGGACUAUGUCCACCGUGCUGGGCGUACCGGUCGCGCAGGGAACAAGGGAACGGCAGUCACAUACAUCACCAGUGAGCAGGAGAACUGCGCCCCCGGCAUCGCCAAGGCCCUCGAGCAGAGCGGCCAGCCGGUGCCAGAACGGCUCAACGAGAUGCGCAAGGCCCACCGCGACAAGGUCAAGGCUGGCAAGGCCAAAGACACUUCCGGCUUUGGCGGCAAGGGCCUCGACCGACUCGACGCGGAGCGUGAGGCGGCGCGGUUGCGCGAGCGCAAGACGCACAAGGCCGAGGGCGACGACGACGACGAAAAGGAGGAAAAGCCGGCGGUCAAGGAGAAGGAAGAGGAGAAGCCGGCCGUGUCGAUGAUCCAGGCGGCCACGUCUGCCAUCAUGGCGCGAAGCACGGCGAAGCCCGACGGCGACGCCAAGGACAAGGAGUCGGCGCAGGCCACGGGCCCCGGCGGCAAGCCCCUCGACAAGGUCAGCGCGGCCAUCAGCGCCAUCAACCAGCGCCUCGGCAAGGCGGGCCAGCUGCGCUCCGGCCAGCCCAUCGACAACAAGGGCCCCGACGCCGGCGCGUACCACGCCACGCUCGAGAUCAACGAUUUCCCGCAAAAGGCGAGGUGGGCCGUCACGAACAGGACCAACGUCGCCAAGAUUCUCGAGGCAACGGGCGUGUCCAUCACGACCAAGGGCACCUUUUACCCGGCAGGUAAGGACGUGCCGGCGGGCGCCGACCCGAAGCUGUACAUUCUCGUCGAGGGCGACACGGAAGUCGUAGUCGGUGCGGCCAUGACCGAGCUUACCAGACUGCUCAGCGAGGGCGCGGUGGCGGCGGAUACUGCGGACCGUCGUGCACCAGCGUCGGGACGCUACAACGUUGUGUAA